AUGUCGACGAAAGCGGAGGGACCGUCAUCCCCGCGACGGUUUUUCGCCCGAAUUUAUGGUCAUCUUGAAACGAAAACAGUCGAGAGUAAUAAUAACGAUGAUCAGAAAAGGCCUAAAGCAAAAUUCAGUCUCGAUUUAUCCCCGGAUAUCGUUUCUUGCGAUAAAAAUACCACGUCCGAUGCAGACAUCUCCAGUGAUUCCCCGAGUAACGAAAUUAUACAAGUAUCAGGCAUGGAAGAGACAUUCUCGGGGCGAAUCGAAAAGCAGAACACCAACGAAACAAACAUACUAAUGAACGAAGGAAAAGAAGAAAGCACCGAUUUCUCUACUAUAAGGUUGCCAUUCUUUCACGGACUUUUUCCUAGAGUACCCAGCCUCCCCUUGUCGCAGAUCACAUAUCCGCCUACGCUACCGCCACACUUUCAUAAUUUGCCAUACCAUCCGAUGCCAGAACAUUAUUUGCAAGGAUUCUCUGCGUUCUUAGCUCGCAGAAGGAGAAAAGAAGGACGACCACGAAGACAAAGAACAACUUUCAGUGGUGAACAGACAUUAAGACUAGAAGUCGAGUAUCGAAGAGGGGAAUAUAUUUCUAGAGGACGAAGAUUUGAACUCGCUACGUCUUUGUGUCUGACAGAAACACAAAUCAAAAUUUGGUUUCAAAAUCGACGUGCCAAGGACAAAAGAAUUGAAAAGGCACACCUUGAUCAACACUAUCGGUACUUUGCAGUUUCUAAUGGACUGGUAAACUUGCCAGUUUAUGGCAGGGAUAAGUUCUGUGAGUUCUGCUCCAGUAAAGAAGCAUUUAGGUCCGCAGCCAAUCAUUUGUGUGUUUCAAUAAAUCCUGCUAAUGGAACUUUUAUAAAACAGCCGAACUAUAAUAGUAGUGGAAGUGAAUAA